AUGUCGAGUCAGUACGAACCCUCCGAAGCCGCCGAGCCCGCCCAGCCGUGGAGCAUAGCGCUGCUGUCUCAGCGAGACCUUGCGCUUGCCGUCCCCAUCAAUUACGUGACCCUGCCGGCCGUAUCCCUUACCGAGGCCUGCUUCGCCCAGAGACAGUACGAUGACGACGCCGCGCGGCGGUGCCUCUCCAAUCUGCUGGCCGUCGGCUUCAGGCGUUUAACCGUCGACCUUUAUUGGGAUGCUGGCCGCGGCUUUUGGAGUCUCUGCCCGGAGCAAAUCCCCGAGUCCGCCUCUAACGCCGAUGAUGCUACUCUGGGCAUCAUCUCCUCGACGACCGACGCCUCGCUGUCCUCGGUGGCUCUGAAUACGGGCAGUCUACAGGCGCGGCAGGCUACAGCAUUGUCCGGCUCCGCCUUGCGCUCUGCGAGUCGAUCCGUGUCCAGUACCCGCUCUGUGUCCGCAUCCAGUACGCGGGCAAGCCCGACCGGGCAGGCGCAAGCAAGCGGCGUGUUCCAAGCCAACUCGUACACGUGCUCGGCUUCAUUGAACGUCUCGACGAUUUCUUCACUCAUUGCUGACUAUCUCGACGACACCGCGGAUACCAUCCAUGCUUCGGUCAUCUACCUAAUCUUCAAUAUCCACGCUGCGGCAUCCAAUUCUAGCUCCACGGCGCCUGCGGCUUCGCAACUGCCUUCGGCGAACACCACUCUCUCUAAUGUUCUGAGUGCUGACUUAGCUUCCUUUCUGUACACCCCAGCACGACUGCGGCAAGACCGUGUAAAUCUUAAUGAGACUUGGUUCGGCUAUGAUGUUGCGUCAGACCAGACGCUAGCCCCUGCAUUGAGAUAUCUGGACAUUGUUAGAGAUGCCUAUGGCACAAUGUCUACUGUUACUGGAUGGCCCGGUGAGGGCCUCCUUGCAUUCGGUCCCGACCACCUUCGUCUGUUAACAGCCUUCGGCCAGAUCGAUCCGCAGAUGGGAGCUUAUGACACCCGAGCUGAUGAUGCAAUCCUCUUUCCUGAAGGGACUUUCCAAUCGAUCCGAAAUGUUACUUUGAGCGAUUCGGGCAACGUCACCAAUGGCUGCUUCUUUGACCAAAACGUGGACACUCUGACGGACUCGACGAAUUCGACUUGGGCAACGUCUCCGAACUUUCCGGCCCUGGGCCUUGCGCCUGCACAGUACUAUACAUCUUCACCGUCUGUCUCUAAUAUCACUGCAUGCGGCAUUAGCCCGCUACUUAAUCAGUCGCUGUCCGAAACAGCAGAUGUUUCAUACGCGCCUUAUCAGGCCAUGGCCUACAGUUCGAUCUGGAGCUGGGCAGACAACGAGCCACGAAACGUAACGAACAACGUCGAUAACGCUGUGUAUCUCCGUUGCGCAACGAUGCGAGCUUCCACUCACGGCCGUUGGGUGCUCACCGACUGUACUGAGCGACAUUAUGCGGCGUGCCGCGUCAAUGGCGACGCACCGUUUCAAUGGCGCAUCAGCGACCCAGCAGACAGCUACACCGACUCGGACUCGAUUUGCCCAGAGGACACUGCGUUUGAUGCACCACGCACUGCGCUCGAAAAUUCCUAUCUUUUUGCAGCAUUGCAAGCGCGGGCUCGCGAACACCCGGAUGACUUCGAUGAUGACGCCACCGUGUGGGUGAACUUCAACAGUCUGCAAGUGACGGACUGCUGGGUCGUUGGAGUCGGUGAAAGCUGCCCGUACGACCUGACCUCCAAACAGGAUGAAAACCGACUGGUGAUCGUACCGACAGUGGCGGCAGUCAUUGUCUUCGUCUGCGCUGUGCUGACCGUGUUCGUAAAAUGCGCUGGAAACAGACGAUCGAGUAGGAAGACCCGAAAGCGUCGGCUGCAAGAGGGAUGGGAGUAUGAGGGCGUACCCUCGUGA